AUGGAGGACACUCAGAACUCUGCUCCCGGAACCCUUCCACCUGCGCAGGCUGCAAAGCUCGGGGCUCCUCGAAGAGCUGCAGAUGCUCAGAGCACGACGAAACGCUUACAAACUGAGCUGAUGCAGCUCAUGACCUCUUCCGCUCCUGGUAUCUCUGCUUUCCCUUCCGCCGAUGGCAACCUGCUGUCCUGGACUGCAACGAUAGAGGGUCCAGACGACACACCGUACGCUGGUCUUACGUUCAAGCUGUCAUUCGCCUUCCCUUCUAACUACCCGUACGCUCCACCGACGGUUCUCUUCAAGACACCAAUCUACCACCCCAAUGUUGACUUCUCGGGGAGAAUUUGCUUGGAUAUCUUGAAGGACAAAUGGACUGCGGCAUACAAUACCCAAACGGUCCUCCUGAGCUUGCAAAGCCUGCUUGGAGAGCCAAACAAUGCAUCACCUUUGAACGGCGAGGCCGCCGAGUUGUGGGAUAAGGAUCCGGCGGAGUUCAAGAGGAAAGUCCUCGGCCGACACCGUGAUGUCGACGAAGAAUAA